AUGCCUCUUGGAAGGGUGUGUGUANACCAAAAUGACAACGGUACCUACGAGCUGGUCUCUUGUGGACACUAUGACUUCAACCUGGCGAGAUGUCAGUGCGGCCCGGAAUAUUUCCCAAUCGUUUACGACUUCGAGGGCGGUGACUUCCGAUGUUCUCGCCCGGGCCAUAAUCUCGUCUGGACCGGCAUCUACGGGGUCCUCACAAUCGUACCAAGGGGUAGGGUCAAUCGGUACGCCGCCCAUUUCAAAAACGGUCAUAUGGAAAUCCCAUAUUUUAUGAAUAGGAGAUUUGGGGAUACUUCUGUUGCUUUUUUCUACAAACGCCUCAAAAGCUCCGGCGGCAGCCAGGGACUGAUUAACAACGGGAGAGUGACAAAAUCUGGGGCACCGUCUGUACAAAUAUUCAGUGAAACGUGGUACAUCCGAGGGGCAGUGAAGACGAAUGUUACAACAUACGAAUUCAUGUACAGGGACAGUGACAACCGUAUGAACGAGGGAGACUGGCAUCACGUGGCCUAUGUCUGCAACAGCACCAACCUGCUGAUCUUUGUGAACGGGACACAGAGAGUGAACGUACCUAUUGAAGGUCAGAUUGCUAGGCAACCGCAUUCUCCAAUGGUGAUAGGCGUAGACAGAUAUAUCGACCUUGACCUUGGAUUCGGAUCGUCAAGGUUCAGGGGUUACAUGGAUGAUAUUCGAUUUUACGACUGGGCCAUUAGUCACGACGAAAUAGAAGAACUGAACAAACAGCAAGCCUAUAGAAACGGCGUCCCCAAAAGUUAAGGAACAUUAACUGAAAGCAUUUCAACUUGUCACUUGGAGCUGAGGACGAAAGACCAUAAUUGUAGUCCACGUACAAUUAAAACAUGUGUAUAUAACACGUUAUUCAAUGGAAGAUACAUACUAGUGCAUCACAUCUCUUAUUUGCUAAGACAAAAUGGCGGAGCCCACCCCGCCCAUUUCCCCAAAAGAAGUGAGAAAAGACAAUGAUCAAUGCUAAAAAAAUUCAUAUGAGUUCACUCUCUACGACUAUAUUCUAAGAAAUGCCCGAUAUUGCAUCAAUUUUGUUAUUUGUUUUCUGCUAGACAGAAGCGGGGGAUGGUGGAGAGGUUUUAUAGAUUUUAUUUUACUCUCCUUGUGCCCCUGUGACCCCAGUUUCUGUCGUGAAUAAAAGGAGGAGCGCGUGUAGUCGACCCACGUGCAUGAUCAGAGAACGACGGGAUUCUUUCUCACAACGGGCCAUGCUUCAAUUUAUAACUGCAUGGGCAACAAAAUUGUUGUUGUCGGACAAUGCAAAGAGACUUCACAGAAUGUCUUUUGACUUAGUGACGCACUGUACAAGGCUGAAUAACGAAAAGCGACUACAAUAUAUGAUGCUUGUUGCGCAAUGCUCCA